UCGAAUCGGCAUUCAUGGAACUAUGAACCUGGAUUCAUUGUCGUAUACGCUGUCGCAAAUCAGCUAUCUUGUUGCUAAUUUGUCGAAAAAGAACUUCAAGUCCAGUGUUCAAGAGUUAUCCGACGCAAUCCAAUCCCAAGGAUUUGAAGCAGAUCGGCAUCUUUUGCGUUGUCUUCUUUCUCAUAUUGAUCUAAAAGAAAUUGAAGGUCCACGGAAUAUUUCUCAUAAAGAUUAUUACCAAGUUCAAUUAUUGGCCCAACAGUGUACAACACUUUUAAAUAAACCUUCACUUACAUCAAUUUUGUGUUUUGCCCUUGACAAUCCUCUUCAUUUGCAAAAGCCUUUUAAGCCAUCAAUACAACUGUUUAUACAACUUAGUAGAAUAUUGCAUCUUAGUCUUGUACAAGAAGUUGUGUUUGGAUUAGUUUGUUUGGAAUCAGCAAACUAUUCAACUUUUGCGUUACAAUUUGUCAAACAAAAGUUGCCAGAACUAAUCAAAUCAUAUAUUAAUUCAGACUCAAGUUCCGAACAAAUUACUGGAGGAGGAUUGCAUGAUUCUAGUCCUGAAGUUUUACAUUUAAUUUUAAGACACGUUUUUGCUGUAGAUGAUCAAUUUGGUAUAAGUAAAGAAGUUAAAGAAGUGUUACUACAAAACUUGCGCCGUGAUUUUCCACUUGAGGUUGCUCCAGUAUUGUUGGCUCCUUUAAUUUAUCCUGACAACCCAGAUCGUCCAAUGGAUAAAAUAAAUCAAGAUAUGUCAUCUAUUUCUAAUACAAUGUUGCAUCCAUCUUUAGCUGAUUUAGUUAUGGAAAUGGGUUACUCCAUUUGCUCAUCAUUUGAAGAGUGUCGUAGAAACUUGUUAUCAGUAAGUGGUGGAAGUAGUUCUUCAGUUAUUUUUGGCUCUUCCUCAAUUGCUAAAGUAAUAUCAAUGAUGAUGCGUACACAUACUGGUCUUGACACUCAAUCUACUUUGACAUAUUGGCCUGGAGACCAUACAAACCAAGAUGUCGAUAAAACUUCUAAUAAUUGUAAUACUUGGAAUGUUGAAGUUUUCGUUCAAACAAUCAAAGACUUGAAUCCAUCAUUGUCUUGGUUAGAUGUUAUUAAAGAAUUAGAUCACUCUGAUUUUCUUGUGAAGGAUAGACAAAGUUUAGUUCUUCUUUUUACGGCUUUGAGACUUGGUCUAAAAGCUCAAGGAUAUCAUGUAGAUAACUUUCCUGUUGAAAUGAUUUAUCGUCAUUGGUCAAAUUCUGAAGCACAUAUGUCUCUUGUACAACAUAUAUUACAAAAUUCUGAUGUUUUCUGUUUUGCGGAUUAUCCAUAUCGUUCUGUUUCAAUAGAUUUGUUAAAAGUAACACCGGAAGCCGAUAACAAAGAUAUAAAUAAUUGGCGAUCAAUUGAACUUGUUGACUUAAUGUUAUUUCUGGCUGAACGUGGUUUAUAUUAUCAAGUACAAGAGUGUUUAAAGUUUCCUGCUCAAAAAUGUCCUGAUUUGUUGGCACUAGCUCUUAUUCAAUCUAAUGGUCCUUUGAGUAUGGUUCGACAUGAAAUGAUAAGUGGCCUUAUACCGAUAUUUUUAGGAAAUCAUAGCAAUGCUGCGGUUAUUUUGCAUCAUGCUUGGAAUCAUCAAAAUGUUGGACUUCGGCAUACUUUAGUACAAGCCAUGAGUGAAUGGUAUGUGCGUAGUGAUCACGACCAUGUAAAACUUUCCCGGAUUUUAGAUAUAGCUCAAGAUUUAAAAGCUUUAUCUCUUUUAUUAAGUGUUCAGCAGUUUGCAUUUGUCAUUGACUUAGCUUGUUUAGCUUCACGACGAGAAUAUUUAAAACUUGAUAAAUGGUUAUCAGACAAAAUACGAGAACAUGGUGAAAAUUUUGUAUCGGCCUGUGUUAAAUUUUUGCAGAAAAGAUGCCCCCAGUUAACUGGAUCAUCAGCAAAAGAUGAACAUUUAUCUAAAUUUACUCCUUUGUCUUCUGAGACCAUUUUAACAAUGUUAAACUGUUUACGUAAUGUAACUGGAACAAUUUCACAAGAAUUAUCAGAUGCAAUUAUGCAAAUGGUAACUAACUGUACUAAUAUGUACAACAUGUCCAAAGUAGCAUCAGCACGUAUAAAUCCAGCAGGUCCACCACAAACUAUUCUUCGUGCUUCACAACAUCAUCGACCAAUAGAGAGUUCAUCAUCACAAGUAUUAGUUGACCAACUUACAGGACUGGCCACAAGUCUUGCUAGUCUUGGAUUAAAUCCUUCAGCACAAUCUGUAUCUACAUUCACUUUGCCAGGAUCGUUAGGGCAGUUAGUUCAAACACCUGGUUCUCCUUCUCGUAAUAAUGUUGGUAAUGCAUCUGGACAUGGUGGUUUCUCUAUUAUGACUCCUUCAUCUUCAAAUGCUCCGGGUCCAGCAAUUUCCAGCCAAUUGUCAGGACCCUCUAAUAUGUUAGGUCGUUUACCACCUCAACAAGUUACACCGUUAGCGAUUGGUAAAUCUAAUCAUCCAAUUGACAACAGUUUAUUUGUUGAUGGAAAUAUGCCAGUAUCAGUGCCUAAAGACAUAGAAGAUGAAGCAAAUAGUUAUUUUCAAAGAAUUUAUAAUUUGGCACCUCAUCAUUCUUUAUCUAUUGAUGAAGUAUUAGAAAUGUUAAAAAGGUUUCAAGAAUCUCCUGUUAAACGUGAAAGGGAAGUUUUUUGUUGUAUGUUAAGAAACUUGUUCGAAGAAUAUAGAUUUUUCCCAGCUUAUCCAGAAAAAGAACUAAUUACAACAGCUCAUCUUUUUGGUGGUAUUAUAGAGCAUGGCCUUGUUUCAAAUUAUAAAGCCUUAGGUUUGGCUCUUCGUUUUAUUUUGGAUGCACUAAAGAAGAGUCCUAACUCAAAAAUGUACAAUUUUGGUAUAACUGCAUUGGAUCGCUUUAAACAUCGCUUAAAGGAUUAUCAUCAAUAUUGUUCUCACAUAUCUACGAUUCCUCAUUUCCAACACUUUCCUCAACAUCUUAUUGAGUAUGUUGAGUAUGGUAAAAAUUCCCAAGAACCUCCAUCUUCUCGAGUUAAUGAAUUAGCAGGAACAAAUAGUAGUACAAUAUCACAAGGAUCAUUUAUGCCAAACUCUCAUAAUGCUUUCAAAGCUCAAAGUAUAACUACAACAACAACUACUACUACUGUAUCAUCUUCAUCUUCCAAACUAAUUACUACCAAUGCUGUAUUACCAUCUAGGCCAUCAAUUGCGAACACUACAAACAUUGAUACUUUAUUGGUAGCUACAGAGAAAGAUGAUCUAAUUAUUGCACCUGCAGAAAAUGUUCAAGAUAAAAUAGCUUUUAUCUUUAAUAACUUGAGUCAAGUGAAUCUUCAAACUAAAUGUGAUGAAAUAAGAGAAAUUAUUACCAAUGAAUGUUUACCAUGGUUAUCUCAGUAUUUAGUUAUGAAACGUGUUAGCAUAGAAUUCAACUUUCACUCAUUAUAUUCUAACUUUUUGGAUUGUUUAAAUAAUGAACAUUUGAACUCUUUAAUAAUAAUGGAAACAUUCAGAAAUAUUCGAGUUUUAUUAAAAAGUGAUAAAGGAAUGGCAAAUUUUUCUGAUAGAUCAUUACUAAAAAAUUUAGGCCAUUGGUUAGGUAUGAUUACUUUAGCUAAGAACAAACCUAUAUUAUUGGAUGAUAUUGACCUAAAAAUGUUACUGGUUGAAGCCUACAACAAAGGUCAUCAAGAAUUACUAUUUACAGUUCCAUUCAUUGCUAAAAUUCUUGAAUCAUGUGCUAAAAGCAAAGUAUUUAGACCAAGAAAUCCUUGGACAAUGUCUGUGUUAAACUGUCUUGCUGAACUUCAUCAAGAACCAGGAUUAAAAUUAACACUGAAAUUUGAAGUUGAAGUAUUAUGUAAAGCUUUGAAUAUUGAUCUCAAGGACUUAAAAGCUGGAUAUGUACUAAAAGAUCCAGAAAUCGCAAAGAGAUUGGAACAACAACUAUCGAAUGGUGAAAAUUCUAAUGCUCCCGAGCCACCAAAUGUAUCAGUUCCUACAACUCAACGUCAAACACCUAAUCUCCAAACAAUUGUUACUUCCCAGGCACAACAGAAUAGUACUUCUACUGUUCCAUCAAUAGGUUCUAAUACUAGAUUUAAUGAUGAGCUUGUUGGCCAUGUAGUGGCGGCUGGUGGAGUUACAACAUUGACAUCUACAGGUAGCAUGGGUAUAAGUGGUACACCAGGUAUGUCUCCACCAUUACCUUUGGUUGAGCCCAAAUUUAACUAUGUGACUUUCAACACUACGAAUUCAUCCCAAAUUAUGUCUAUGAUUGUUAUUAAUUCUCAAAUACCGCUGUUUCAUAGUCAACCUACACUUAAAACUUUUGUGCGAAAUGCCAUAGAACGGUCAAUUCAAGAAUGGAUAAACCCUGUUGUUGAAAGAUCUGUUAAAAUUGCAGUAAUUACUACUGAGAAUAUUGUUAAAAAGGAUUUUGGUAUGGACCCUGAUGAUACUCAUUUGCGAAAAGCUGCACAUUGUAUGGUGAGAAACUUAACCUCUGGUUUGGCAAUGAUUACAUGUCGGGAACAAGUCAUUCAAACAUUGACUACUAACUUGAAGCAACAUUUUAUGAGCGUUUUAAUUACACCAUCUCAAGCCCAAAAAGAAUUAAUUGACCAAGCUUGCACCAUGUGUGCAAAUGACAAUUUAGAAUUAGCAUGUGCUUUUGUACAAAAAACAGCAACCGAAAAAGCAGUAAUUGAAAUUGAUAAAUAUUUAAAAAAUGAAUAUGAAAGACGUAGUUUAUCUAGAAUGGAAGGUCGUCGUUAUUGUGAUCCAUUAGUAAUAGGAGGUCAAGCUGAAUAUUUACCUGAUACUCUACGCAAUAAAGUUGGAUUACCUCCACCUCAAAUGAUAGGAGUAUAUGAAGAAUUUGCAAGAAAUAUACCUGGUUUUCAGCCAUUAGAUAGAGAAGCUGUUUCAUUAUUUAUUCCUAAAUCUGGCUUUCCACCUGAUGAGAUGACUGUUGUUUAUGAAAAACUUAUCAGUGAAAUUGAAGCACUUUUACAAUUAUACAUGACCAAUCAAAGAAUUCUUUCUAAUACUACACAACCAGCAAAUUUACAUGGAGUUUUGGAAGUAAUGACAACAUUAAGAAGAUCACGUGAUAUUGCUACUGCAGCAAAUAUUAUCAAUAAAACUAUGGAAAGUUAUUUAGAUGGCCUUAGUCCACCAGCUAAUCAUGAUUUGGAUAUGAGUAUUAGAUAUCGUGAUAUGCAUCUAAAUAUAUUUAGAGCAUUUCAGGAUCCUCGUGCUUAUAACAUACUAUGGACUAACAAAACCAUUACUAAAGCCCUCAUGGAAUCGAGGGAUGAAUUACGUUUUAAUAUAGAUGCAAUUGAUGUGUUAAUACGUGCUGGUAUGGUGAAUAUUAGUAUGUAUGAUAUGCAUUUGGCUAUGUCAAUGGAUAAUGGUGCAAAUUAUGUAUCUAUGGCAUAUGUCAAACAAGUUUUGCAAAAUUACCUAAUAGACAAUCGUUCUAAUUCACCUAUAACUGAACACCAUCUUCAAGCAACUAUUGAUGCAUUAAAUACUAUUGUGCUUAGUGGUCGUCCUGUACCUGAUGGAUUGGCAGCACUUAUGGAAGUAAUUAGACCAUCACAGACAGAAAAUACUGCUCCAGAAAGAAUAGCUAGUGGCAGUAGUAAUUCCUCAGCUCACAUUCAGCAUGGAAUGUUACAGGGUAGAGAUUUUGAUGAUCCUCCUGGGCUCUUGGAGAAAACUGAGUAUUUGCUCAAAGAAUGGUUGACUAUUUACAGUGCAGCACCCAAUAGAGAUCCUGGAAAAACAUUUAGUGUUUACAUUCAUCAAAUGAAUGUCCAAGGAAUUUUGAAAUCUGAUGAUAUUAUUACUCGAUUUUUCCGACUCAGUACCCAAAUGAUGGUUGAACUGUGUUAUAGACAGAUACCUGAUCAAUCACAGUCUCCUUCCACUGUACGUGCUAAACUUUUUCACACAAUUGAUGCUUAUGUUAAGCUUAUCGUAUUAUUAGUGAAACAUUCGGGUGAUGCAACUGCCAUUACAACUAAAACAAAUCUACUAAAUAAAGUACUUGGAAUUGUUGUUGGUGUCUUACUUCAAGACCAUGAUGUUCAAGUCACUGACUUCCAUCAAUUACCAUACCAUAGGAUACUUAUCACUCUUUUCCUUGAUUUGAAUGCACCUGAUCCAGUAUUAGAAUCAAUUAAUUAUCCUAUACUCGCUGCUUUUUGUCAUACUUUCCACCUUCUUCGACCAAGGAAAGUCCCAGGCUUUGCUUAUGCUUGGCUAGAACUUAUAUCUCAUCGUAUAUUCAUUGGUCGUCUAUUAGGAUUAACUCCACAGCAAAAGCGGCAGCGAGCUUAUGACCAAACUCCGGUUACUGAUGUUCAGGGUUGGAAUUUUUACGCCCAGUUACUUAUUGACCUAUUCAAAUACUUGGCACCAUUCCUACGUAACGCUGAACUGGCCAAGCCUGUUCAUUUAUUGUAUAAAGGAACAUUGAGAGUACUACUCAUUUUGCUCCAUGAUUUUCCUGAAUUCUUGUGCGAGUUCCACUAUGGAUUUUGUGAUGUGAUACCUCCGAAUUGCAUUCAGAUGAGAAAUUUAAUUUUAUCUGCAUUUCCACGUAAUAUGCGCUUACCAGAUCCAUUUACUCCAAAUUUAAAAGUUGAUGUACUUCAAGAAAUAUCUUUAGCUCCAAAAAUUAGUCCAGACUUCCAGUGUUACAUUCAACCACCCAGCUUUAAAAAAGAUUUAGAUCUAUAUUUGAAAACUCGAGCUCCUGUUACAUUCUUAUCAGAGAUCCGUACCACAAUGCAACAGAGUUGUUGUGAACCUGGUAUGCGUUAUAAUCUUUCACUUUUAAAUGCUAUUGUCUUGUAUGUCGGUACCCAAGCCAUACAGCACAUUCGUAGUAAAGGUUUAGUGCCGAAUACUUCUACUAUUGCACAUUCUGCCCACAUGGAUAUCUUCCAAAAUUUAUCUGUGGAUCUUGAUACAGAAGGUCGUUAUUUGUUUUUAAAUGCCAUUGCAAACCAGUUACGUUUUCCUAAUAGCCAUACACAUUACUUUAGUUGUACUCUUUUAUACUUAUUUGCUGAAGCUAACAGUGAAGCUAUUCAAGAACAAAUAACAAGAGUUCUCCUUGAAAGAUUGAUUGUUAAUAGACCACAUCCAUGGGGUUUAUUGAUUACAUUUAUUGAGUUAAUAAAAAAUCCAGCUUACAAGUUUUGGAACCAUGAAUUUGUGCAUUGUGCCCCAGAAAUUGAAAAACUUUUUGAAUCAGUUGCUCGUUCAUGUAUGGUUCACAAGCAACCUAACUCAUCAGCAGAAGGCGGAGAUUUACCAGAUUUAUAAAUUUUCGUUUUAUCAAAAAUAUUUAGUUGUAUAAUAAAGUUAAAUUUAUUUUUUAUGUUUUAUAGUUU